AUGUCUCACGCAUGUACCUCUGCUACAGUCCUUUUGUUGGGCACCUGUGAUACCAAAUUACAGGAGCUACUCUUUCUCAAAGACCAAAUCCGAGGUCAGGGCUCGGUUGAAGUGAUCUUACUCGAUGUCGGUCGAGACAAUGUCGAACAUGACGCUAUAGACAUCACACAGGCCACACUGAUCACAAAACACGGCGAGGGAAAAAAGGCGGCCGACCUGCCUCGAGGCGAGCUCAUCAAAUUCAUGGCGGCAUGCGCCCGUCGUGCUGUGAAGGAGCUCUUCGAUGAGGGCAAGAUUCAUGGCAUCAUCAACGCGGCCGAGGUUAUGAGGGAAGUCUUGCCAAUAGGAUUUCCCAAGAUGAUUGUUUCCACAGUUGCCAGCGGUGAUACGGGACCCAUAGUGGGCGAGACUGAUAUUGCGAUGCUAUACUCUGUGGUAGACGUGGCUGGACUGAAUCAAGUAUUGAGGAAUAUUCUUAGCAACGCAGGGGCUGCAAUCGGAGCCGCUGCGAAAGCCUAUGCAUCAAGACAACGCGGCUCCCACGAUAUGACAGACAAAUCCAAAAAGCGCAUCGGUAUCACGAUGUUUGGUGUGACGACGCCAGGCGUUGACGCGAUUCGAGGACACCUGGAGUCCAAGUACGACGUCGAGAUAUACGUCUUCCACGCAACCGGUCACGGCGGGAAGGCUAUGGAAAGGCUGGUGCGACAGGGAGAGCUGGAUGCCGUUCUAGACUUGACAACAACCGAAAUAUGCGACCUUCACACCGGAGGAGUUAUGUCAGCUGGUCAGGACCGUCUUCAAGCAGCAGCCGAAGCAGGGAUACCAAAUAUCAUAAGUCUCGGGGCCACCGACAUGACCAAUUUUGGUCCGAAGAGUACAGUCCCCGAGAAAUACAAGAACAGGAAGCUCUAUGAGCACAAUCCCACGGUGACGUUGAUGAGGUCGUCAGCGGAGGAGUGCAAGCAGGUCGGCCAGUUCAUCGCCGAGAAGCUGAGGUCUCACGCAAGGAGGCCAGAACUGGUCCAGCUGUGGAUGCCGCUUGGGGGUGUUAGCAUGAUUGCUACUCCCGGCGGCCCGUUUGCGGAUGAGGAAGCGGACCAGGUGCUCUUUACAACCGUGCGGGACGGUCUUGCGGGAUCUAAUAUCAAGGUGGUGGAGGACAAGAGGGACAUUAAUGAUGAGGGAUUUGCCCAGGAUAUCGCGGAGGCGUUGGCUGGGCUGCUAGACUUGUGA